UUCCACCACGGGUUGCUGUGUUGUGUGCGCACUCUGGUGGUGCUGUGCUGUGCUGAGCUGGUGCUUGUGUCUGUCUACCCUGCCUGGCUGGCUGACUGUAUUGUAUUGUUAUACGUUAUGUGUGUGCUGAGUGCGCGCGCGGCGGCGAUUGACCGACCGACCGAACCUAGGAGUCAAACACAUCAUAAGAUUGUCGUCGUUUCAUAACAUCAUCGCAUUGCGGGAUUCAGUUGGGGUUUAAAUGCCACUCGGGACGGUAGUUCGGCCGCGCUUACAAUUGUGUUUAGUGACUCUUUAAAAGGGAAUUGGAAUUUGGCAAAAGUGUGUGUUGUUUUCCUAUCCAUAGAGUGGUUUUUAUUGUUGUCUUUAGGUGUGUGUGUGUGUGUGUGUGCUACCACCGCCAACCAUUUGCAGACAACUUGAUUUGUGAAAAUUCCCAAAUUCUCCAAGGGGCAUUGAUAACAAAAAGCAAAACAAAAACAAUCAACAGCUCAGCAGCAAGCUCAUCGCCCCCCCCCAACAACAAUAACAACGACAAAGCCCAUCCAUAUUCAUCAGCAAUCGAUGCAAAUAUCAAAAGGCGUAAAAUAGUGUCGAUAAUCGUCAUAAUUUCUCCAACCCCUCUACUGGCCCCCUUGACGCCUUUUAUUUGAAGUGUAGUGGAAAACGCAACAGUCAAGUCCAAAUCAAUCAAAACGAAACGAAAGUGUUAAACAAAUCAAAAUAUAUAAAUCCCUGGACUAUUAAAAAAAAUUGUUACACACAAAUACACUAGCAAAACAUUUUCAUUAACGGUAGUUUAAACUCUCUGCUGCUCUCUUACGCUCUCAGUGUCAUUAAUCUUAAGUGUGUGUGUGUGUUUUUGAAGUUCAAUUUAAAAGCCUAUUAAAGAAAACUAACAACAAAAUGCGUUCCGAUGAACCUGUGCCGGGUUUUAGCUCGGCUUCACCCUGGCCCACCUUGGAUUUGGAAUGGGGCCGCAAAUUAUAUCCCACAGCGGCUCCUCGUACCGCCAGCGGUCUAAUGUUUGGCUUGCCACCCACAGCCGCCGAUCUUAAUCAGCCACGAGGACCCAUGACAUCGUUAAAGGAAGAGCCUUUGGGAGCUCGAGCCUGGAUGCAGCCAGUGGUGGAUCAAAGCAACCUUGGCAUUGGUCGUGCCCAUUUUGAAAAACAGCCACCCAGCAAUUUGAGAAAAUCGAAUUUUUUUCAUUUUGUUAUUGCCUUGUAUGAUCGUGCCGGCCAACCCAUUGAGAUUGAGCGUACUGCCUUUAUAGGAUUCAUUGAAAAAGAUUCAGAAUCGGAUACCACAAAGACAAAUAAUGGUAUACAAUAUAGGCUGCAGUUGUUAUAUGCCAAUGGUGCCCGCCAGGAACAAGACAUAUUUGUGCGACUCAUCGACUCGGUGACAAAGCAAGCUAUCAUAUAUGAAGGCCAGGAUAAAAAUCCGGAAAUGUGCCGAGUAUUGUUAACACAUGAAGUUAUGUGCAGUCGUUGUUGUGACAAAAAAAGUUGCGGCAACCGCAAUGAGACACCCUCGGAUCCUGUCAUUAUUGAUCGUUUCUUUUUGAAAUUCUUUUUAAAAUGCAAUCAGAAUUGCUUGAAAAAUGCUGGCAAUCCCAGAGAUAUGAGAAGGUUUCAGGUUGUCAUAUCCACCCAAGUGAGCGUGGAGGGCCCCUUGCUGGCCAUAUCGGAUAAUAUGUUUGUACACAAUAACUCUAAACAUGGUCGGCGUGCCAAACGUCUGGACACCACGGAAGGUACAGGCAAUCCCUCCCUGUCCAUAACGGGACAUCCCCUAGCGCCUGACAGUACCUAUGAUGGUCUCUAUCCACCUCUGCCAGUGGCCACACCCUGCAUUAAAGCCAUUUCGCCCAGUGAAGGCUGGACUACUGGAGGCGCCACCGUCAUCAUAGUGGGUGAUAAUUUCUUCGAUGGCCUCCAGGUGGUGUUCGGCACCAUGCUGGUAUGGAGUGAACUGAUAACAUCACAUGCUAUACGUGUACAGACCCCGCCACGUCAUAUACCCGGUGUUGUAGAGGUUACCUUAUCCUACAAAAGUAAACAGUUUUGUAAGGGCUCACCGGGACGUUUUGUUUAUGUCUCUUUAAAUGAACCUACCAUUGACUAUGGUUUCCAGCGUCUGCAGAAAUUAAUACCCCGCCAUCCUGGAGAUCCCGAAAAGUUACAGAAGGAAAUUAUCUUAAAGAGGGCAGCUGAUCUGGUAGAGGCUUUAUAUUCAAUGCCAAGAUCCCCUGGCGGUUCCACCGGUUUCAAUUCAUAUGCCGGCCAAUUGGCAGUUAGUGUACAGGAUGGUUCGGGUCAAUGGACCGAAGAUGAUUAUCAACGCACACAAUCGAGCAGUGUUAGUCCACGAGGCGGUUACUGCAGCAGUGCAUCAACGCCCCACAGUUCGGGCGGUUCGUAUGGAGCCACAACAACGGCUGGUUCAAAUGGUUAUGGAGCCACCACCAAUAUGGGUACGUUGUCAACUUCCCCGGGCAGUGUCUUCAAUUCCACCUCAAGAGUAAGCAGCUUAAGUUUUAAUCCCUUCACCUUGCCCACCUGCAAUACCCAAGGCUACAGCAGCUCACAACUGGUGACUUCAUCUAAAUAAUAUUACUACUAAAACGAAGGCUGGGUCUUCAAGCAUCCCCUGGAGUUCUGUGGUGUCUUUUCGACUAAGGAUGGCAAAAAGGAAGUCUAUCAAGAGUUGUUUAAAUUCCUACAAGCUCCCGCCAAACUGAAAACUACUUCAAACCAAUGGAAAUGUGCAAUAUAACCUAACUUCUCCGAAAAAAGGAAAGAAUUUAAGUAAUUCCUUAAUUAAAAUAAUCUAACAGUGAAACAAUUGGUAGUUAUCUACUGCCAAAACCACUAACUUUUUGCCCCUGACUCAUUCGCCAACUCAUCGAUAUCAGCUGAUUUUAUAAAGACACAAAAACAGCUGAUUACGAAGAUAUGGUGAACGAAUAAAAUGGCAAAAACUUUUUGCUUUUGGCAGUAAAACUUGAAAAUUGUGAACAAUAUGUACUACCUUAUUGUAUAAAAAAUACUCACUGCUUCUAACUUGAGAAAUCUAAGUGAGAAAUAUGUAUUUCAUAA